UAGUGGCUGUAUCGAUCGUUGCCGAUAGGUAUACUAAUCCGAUAUACUCAUCCAAAAAGGUUUCGCUGAAGAAAUACUUAAAAAACGGAGAGGUAGGAAGAAGAACGAAGAAGAACGAAGAAGGGACAGAGGUUGAAGAUACAAGCAGCGGUUUUUUCGAAAUUCUUGUCUCAAUGGUUUGAGAUCUGAAACAGAAGGAAGAAGAGAAGAAAGACAAGAAGAGGAACAGAGAAAAAGAGCAUUUGUUUAUCUUUUCGGAGAUUUUUUUUUUCUUUGAUGAAAUCCUGUUUCGAUGGAAGGAGAUUUCUUGCAUAAUUUGUUUCUGGUUAAUCUUCACCAUCCCAACCAUUAGAGAAAGCUGACUUUGCUAUAAAUGGUUGGUCUUCUCUAGGUCCUUGGACAUAUAAGCAUAACUCUUCCGUGGGGUUGGGGUCCUUGUUUCUACUGACGGUGGCUCAUCAUUGUCGGGUAUCUCAAAAAUUUCUUGCAACGGCCAGGCAUUAGGAUGCUUUUGUUGUUGCAGUUGUUAAUGGUUAGGUGGUUUCCUUCUAAAACAUGAAAACAACCCCCAAACCUGAUACUUUGCGACAUGACAGUUCCAGUUCCAGGAAGGAUUUCACACUGAAGUAGCUUGCUGGGAAUAGCCACUGAAGAAAGAAAUCAUGGAACCCAAACUGCAAAUAAGAUAAAAAAAGACUUAAAAAAAACCCAGAUCAGAUCAGUAAUAUACUCUACUUCCUUCCUUUCUUCUUGCCUUAGCUCCUCCUCAGAACAUUCAAAAACAGAUGUCAGUUUCAAAGAAGAUUUUUUUCCCCCCGAAAACCUUGCCUGCUUUGCAUCAAAGAGUAGUUUGGUGGUUUGGGGAAAUAAGGAUUUGAAAAAGGAACUUUUAUUUGCAGCCCUAGGAUUAAAAUAGGACAGGUGUCACAAGGAUGUAAGGAAUUGGUAAGAAUAUUGGUGGAUCAAGAAUUGGAGACGUUCCAAAUCCGGCAAACGGGAAUGCUUAAACCAACCCUUAAACGGGUACAUGUUCUUCCACCUCCAUUGACAAAAGGUGAAGCAAGGCAGAGACUGCAGCAGCUCAACUCUUCAGAAAUUCAUCUCAGCGUCGCAUCAUCUAGCAACUCCGACUAGAGAAACUAUCUGUCCACCUUACACGGCUUGUUCCUCCAAGCAAUUUUUUUUUAUAUAUUUGCUCUUGUAGGACAAGUUUCUUAUGACGGCCAAUAAUGCUUCUGUUUCUUCCUUGAGUUGAUAUCCAUCAUUAUUUUACACCCUCUGAGUCUCUGUAGAAGAUUUGGAUGCCUGAUGUUUGACUUUGGCGUAUCUCUCUGUCCUGCUUGCUUGCUUUUGUGGAGUUAGUGAGAGUUUCUACCAUCCAUCAUCGUUAGAGUCAUAUCGAUGGGGCCGACCAGUAAAGAUCUUUUGAGCUUGGAAAGGGAGAAAUCUUCAAUCUGUCCAGAAUCUAUCCUUCAUGUUUGUAAAAAUGACUCUGUCUCUAGAAUGUCCAAAGUAUCUCAGAUUAGUGAAAAGCUUUCAACAACUUCUGUUCCUGCAAGUGAAGUUCUUGGAAAAGUGAAGGCUUUCCUAGGAGUUAUGGAGGAAGCUAAUAAAAGGUUGCAGCAUGAUGCGCAGGAGAAAUGUUGUGAUGACUAUGAUAUCGAAGUGCUCACCGGUAAUGAAACUGAAUAUGUUGAAAUGGACUUGUUGCUGGGUGUUGCUGAUCUUCACACUCCUGAAGCUGUGGCAGCUGCUGAAUCUGCCAUGGCUGGUUCACAACCACCAUGUACUUUGGGAACUGGUAGUAACGGAUCAUACUCAGAAAACAGUGAUGAUGACACUGACAGCGAUGAUGGUGAUGGUGAUGGUGAUGAUAGAACAUGCUCACCUGACAACUUCAAAAACCCAAAGGCAGAUCCAAACAAUUCCUUGGAUCAUGAUCAGCCAAAAAAGAGAACAAAGAUUAUUGAGCUCCAAUAAAGCUACAUUUGGUUGGAGAUCAUGGGAGCUGGAGAUGUUGGCUUCUAGAGUUACUGAAUCAAAUUUGUGAUACAAGAAACUGUUGAAAAUUAUGGUUAUGGAGAUAAAGGUAGAGAUUCUGUAAGGAGGAAGAAUCUUUUUAGGAGAGGACUAUUGAACUAGUUGCUGUGUUAUUUCAUGUAGGUCAGAGUGAAGUACUGCAGGUAGUUACUCUUCUGUACUGUUCUUUUUAUAUUACUGGAGCAAAUGGUGGUAAGGAUUCUUCUCGGUUGUCUUAGGAAAGGGGGCAAUACCUGUUGGCCUCAGUACCUUGAUAGUGUUGGUGAUGAUCUGAUAUAAAUACUUUGUUUUCAGCAUACCACAUUCUAUGGAUCUUCUUCAGCUGUGUGAACAUUGAGACCAA